UUUGUGCUAUUUUCUUUGUCCCAAUUCUUCUUUCAUCCCUUUUGGUGUUUAUUCUUGUGUCUUUGUAGGUGUCCUUCCCUAGAAAAUUAAACUGUUAUGAUAGGGUUUGAUUUCAGUUAAGGACAAUUGCAAGCGACCUAGACCUAUUCCCUCUCUUUGUCCACCCAUAGUCCCAUAAUGGAAGCUGGGAAAAUGCCUUCAAUGACAACAAAAUAGCUCAGUUUCAAAUUUCAAUCCCUUUUUAUUCCACAAUUUACUCUCAAUAGUGGUGGUUACACACACCUUGGGUUUGGGGCCUUGCGGAGGGUAAAAGCAUGGGUUUGGUUAAGCUCAGGUUUCAUGUUACCCUUGGGGAUGUGCAGUUACACAGUAUAAGACUCCCCUCAGGGUCAAAUAUAAUCAGAUAUGAGUUCACUAACCUGACAAAUUGGCGGGAAAAGUACAGAGCAACAUGGAUGUUACAAAUCGAGAUCUAUUAAGCUUAAUUUCAAUGAUUCUCCUGCUCAUUAUAUGACAGUCCUCCAUAAAUAUAACAGUCCUCCAUAAAUAUAACAGUCCAGCAGUUUUUUGCGAGAAGACACUGAAGAAAGCCCGAAAUUAGCUAAGCACAUUGGAGGUCACCUCAAAACACUGCAGGCGAUUUCCUCUAUUAGCUACAUUCUGCUUUAUGAUUGGCCAAGCCACCUCAGGGUGCAGAUAAACCAUACUUUUCAGUUCAGGAAUUGUCAUUAGAAGUUCUUUUGUUAUUUUUGAUGUAUUCAUGGAAAUAGCCCUAGAGCAGUUUCAGUCUGGGGAAAGCGGUUACACACAAAAACGUCCAUGCCCGUGGGCAAACGCUAUUUACCCAUGGGUAAAAGGGCUAGUGUAACCACGACUAAUGUUAAGCCUCACGCGUGUGAGCCCGCGUUAUUGACGGCAUACCUGUGACGUAGCAUGUCGUUAUUCAGCUUUGGCAAUCUAGCUCAAAGUAACCAUUUGGGUGGGGGCUAUGUAUGCCACUUUUUACAUCUGAGUGCGCAAUAUUUAGUGGACUUGCCUGUGCCAACAUCCAUAGUAUUGUGAGAGGGUAGAUGAGGAAGCUAAGCCUGGCCGAUUUUUCCAAGGAAAUCCAUGAAGUAAGUUGCAUCGCAGGCGUGUGUUUCGUUGGCGCUGACGUCGCAGUGCGCUAGCUUACAGAGCGCUUUUUCGGACUCCGCUGCUCCUACCGAAGGGAGCAGCGGGCUCUCUGGGAGGGUGACCGUGGGGAAAAUUUCUGAGUCAUGAUCAUGUACGGAUCUUCGGACAACCACCCAAAACACAACUUGUUCAAUCCAUUCAGUUCAGACGAGGAAAAUAUUGCAUCGUGCUUUCUUCAUUUCAUCUAUUUUCAAACUCUUCGGUUAUUCUAUCGGACAGGUCUUUUUCUUCCUCAGAGGCUUUCUUGACAGAAAGUUAAUUGUUACUGAAAAGAAGUUCAACCGACACUGCCGAAAGUUAAAUUUAGUAUAAGAAUUUUUUUGAUCAUGUCUCGUUUUUAUUGUUAUUUAAGCUUUCCAUUUAUUACAUAUUCGCUUUCGAAACAAAUUUCGAAGGGUCUUGGAUGGCUUUGUUGAUGAGAUCUAGAAGGAUACGGCAGCUUUGCUUAAUAUUUGAACGCAAUAAGGCAAUCAAGGAACGGCGCCAUUUUACUUUCCCUGAGGUCAGGUCGUAUUACGUCUUGUCGGUUCGCUGUUUUCAACUUUCCUUUGACUGAUAACUAUAUUAGACGAUGAAAAAACCGGUAGAGAACUAGGACUGAAUGACAAAAUUGCUGCGUGGUGGGGUGGGUUAAAUAAAUAUACUUUGUUCAAUUUACUCGUUCACAGAAUUCUUUUUCAGCUUAAUCUUCUCCAAGUUCAAAUAGUUCGAGGUUCUACUGCUAUCUUUCUCCUCGAAUGUUUGUGGUCCGAGAAAGGAUGGAGGCUUUGCUAUAAACGGUUUUUAACUUCAUUCCCUGUCACGUCCCCCACGAUUGUCUUAUUGUAAUCGUUUUGAUUUUCUUGAGCCCGCAAGACUACUUGACUUGAGUUUAAAUAGCUAACGAAAUCAUUUCCUUCGCCGAUGGUCACUGACAGCCAGGGAAAGUUUAUAUCGGCAUGUUUUGGUUGAAUUGGCUAUUAUGUUUGCUAUUUACAGCAGAAGGUAAGAAAACCGAGCAUUUUUAACUCUAUAUUUCUAAUAAAUCGGAUGAAAGAUGUCAUCUUUAGCUCCCCUAGCUUCGAUCGGAACAGACAUUUUUGCUACAUGAUCACGAAUGUGCGCAAAAUUCGCGCCAUUUAUACUUUUCAUCAUGAAACUGCAAACUGGCAUUGGUAUUACUGAGAUUUAGGAACGAAUAAUCAGAUUUUAUAAACCUUUACCUUUUUUUCCUCAUUAGCAACGGUGCAAUUGAAUUACACCGGAAUACUCGAUGACACAGUGGCAAGUCGAUAAGAAACCAUAAGAUUUUCAUUGCAUUAAGAACUUUUGACUUAACGAUGGUAGUUUUUUUACUUUAAAAAAGGGAAAUAUUUUGAACAGAUGUAAGUUUGGGUCAUUGUGGACAAUCUCACACAAAAGCAAUCUCAACAUUUCGCAUCGGUGCCUGACAGCUUGCGAAAGUUUAACUCGCCAUGUUUUUGUUGAAUUGGUUUUUAUGUUGGCUUUUCAUGGAAAAGGUAAGAAAAUCGUGUAUUUUUCGCGUUAUGUUUCUAAUAAAUUGAGUGAAAGAUGCCAUCUUUAUCUCUGUUCGCUUCAAUCGGAAAAGACUUCGUGUGCCACAUGAUAAUGAACUUGUGCACGCAAAAUUCACGCUAGUUGACUGUUCAUCACAUAUCCAUGACAGAAGCCAGAUGAAUGGUCUGCAAAACCUGCGCUCUUUAAGGUAGUUUAGCCGUCUUUCAUCUACCUGCCAAGCGUGACAGCUGAAUGAAUCACUGCCCAUCUGAAGAUACACUGUAUGGCGAUUAAUUAUUUGAAGCAGAAUAGCCAAAAUGUUACCAGCUAUUAUGCACUUUUCAAUUGAUUAAAAGUCAGUUGAGCCCCAUGAAACUGCAAACUGACAUUGGUUUACUGAGAUUGAAGAAUGGAUAUUCACAUUUUAUGAAACUUUUUUUUUUCCUCAUCAGUGAUGGUGCAAUUGAAUAACACCAGAAUGUUGAUGAUACAGCUAGUGGCAAAUUGACAAGAAACCAUAAGAUUUAAUUGUAUUAAGAAGUUUUGACUUAAAACUUAAGUGAUGGUAUGAUGGUAGUCUCUUGCUUUAAAAAAAGUGAAAAUUUUUCGGACAGAUGUGGUUUUGGGACAAAGAAAAAUCUGAUUUCCUUGGUAGAUUUUGUACAUUGAGGGGGACAUGGGGGGUUCUGAAUAUGGUAACUCUGCAAACUAAAUAGAAACAACUAGCACACCACUAGUCUCUUUCAGGCAUUAAGGUUGACUGGUUGUGCUUCAUCUUAUUAAGCACAGUAGUCCAUCAUUAUUCAUUGUUAUAACAAACAGCUGUGAUUGGCACAUUUUCAACCCCACUGUUUUGGCGAAACAUUCCCCUGUGGUAGGCUCUCCUGUUGUUUUGUCUCUUGAUUGUAAGAAUCCAUGCUGGGGGAAUUUCUAUUCCACUGUUCCUGAUAAUAUUGUUUGAGUUAAUUGCCUCUUUGACCCUGGGUGUGUAUCAAUGAGUGUUAAGAUAUGGUACUUUCAAGCAAAACAAAACAGUUUAUGAAAUAAGGCAGUUUUUGAAUCAAAUGGCAAUAAUGUCUUCAGCCAUGUUGCCUUUCACUGUGUAUUUCACUAUAAAUGCUGAAGAGCCUUGAAUGAUUUAGUGGAUCUAUUACAAAAGGAUUUAGUAUCUUUGCGUCAGAUUUGUUCUUUAAUUUUUUAAAACUGAAAAUAAACUGAACCAUGAACCAAACUUAAAAAUUUUUAUCUUAGAGACCAAAACAGUAGUCAUGAGUCUGGUAAUGUUCCCCUCAAAAAAAGAAAUUGAAACAUGCAAGCAGUGCUAUAUUUUUCAUAAAAAGGGCAAAAAUUAUGCUUGUCUGUCCCAAUUAUACCCAAACUUAUGCUAGAACAACAUACAAGGGCUAAAAGCACUCAUUUUCGUCUUUGUUGUUGUUGUUGUCUUUCUCUUGGUCAAUGACAUGUUAGUUUGUUCUCUUGUAUUUCUUAAUUCAUAUGUCGGUUGUUAUUUAUUUUGUAGCCAAAUUUGCGGGAGCACUGAAGCAAAUUCAUGUUGAUUCUGAUGCUAAAAAUGUAACAGCUUGUGGUAAGUACUCCUGUCUUUAAUUUAUGAAACCAGGAAGUUGUGAUUAACUCCAUUGACACCCUCUUUGUAACAAGGUGGCAAACUGGGUGGCUCUCCUCUGUCAAGGGAUAAAUAUUAUUAUACAUUAGACUUGCUAAAAAAAUCUGAUUGGUUGAUAGCAUUCAAUCAAUAUACAAUAGCAUGUGAAGUUGACAUGAUAAUCCAAUAUCUGCAACAGAUAUUGGAUUUAUCAUGUACAUGUCUGCCUAGUUUCCAAGCCUCUCAUCCGUGUAGUGUUUUCAAACUUUUGUAAACUUAGAGAGAAGUGUUUUCUUUGGCAGAUUGUUUAAAAAAUGCAUGAUAAAACAAUUAUUGACUUCAGUUUUUGCAUGAUGUCAGGAAUUAUUAAACAUCAUAUCUGUGUUAUCUGUAUCAGCCUUCAGCUUCAGCAGAUAACUCAGUUUUGAUAAUUCAUCAUAUCAUGUUUUAAUUGCUUAAGACUAGCUGAUUAAAAAAUACGUCAAGAAAAAAAUUGAGAAACACCAAUGGUUGAUUUUAUAUGUAAUUCUGAUGAGGUGGGAUAGAAGUGUAGCAUGUGAAGCCCACUGGCUAAACAUGUUUUUUUUUUUUUUUUUUUUCUUUUACACUUUAAAAUAACCAACUGUCCAAUAUUGAUUCAUGCAUUAUUUUUACUCUUCUUGGUGUAGUUGGAUGAGAAAGAAAUAUAUCAACAACUACAAGUUAACCCAUACCAAAUUCUUUGAAUUAACUAGAUAAGAAUUGUUUGUCAGGCAGUAAGGAGAAUUACUUAUGAGAGAUUAGGAGUGAAAGGGUUAAGAAAUUGCUGAUCAUGAUAAUUUUUUUCUCAACAGUAACUCCAAAUGAAGACAUUAUCAUUACAUGGUCGUUUCAACAACAUGAUGUUGAACGAAUUACAAUGGCAAUCAGCAACGCUUUCAAUGUCAUUGGGAGAUUUCAGAAUGGUGAAUACCGCUGUUACAAAGAUGGAUUCCUGACAGAAACAGAAUGUCAGGAACACUUCUCACUGACUGUGAAUGGAUCUAGUGACAUCAUUAUUGCAAUGAGAAAUAUCUCAGAUGAUCAUUUCAAAAGCUAUCUAAUAUCUGUGUAUGGUGGACCAGACGACAAAAUAGAAACCUUAUGGAUCACAGUCUGUAAGAAAGGUAAGCUGAGUACUUUCUGCUGUACUCUUGAAUACUUGAUAUGUGCAGUAUCUAGAGGGUGUAACAGAUGUUUAAUUACCAUCAUCACCAAGGAAAACAAGCCCAGUGAACAGCGCCCAAAGAGUAACAGUACAGUUUAAACCAACAUUAGCCAUUCCAGUGAGUUUACUGUGUGUUGGAAUACUUAUUUCCAUUGAAGAUCCCUCAUUGAAAACAGCUUGCACUAUUAAUGCCUUCUUAAAAGAAAAGGCAUUUUUUUAUUUACUGAAAGAAUGAGAAAACAGGAGUAAGAUUAUGAGCUGCAGUAACUACAGCAUGCAUGGCACCGUUAGGAAGGGAUAGGUUGUCUGUUCUUAUAUAAAUGUUUUUUUACAGCUAGCAUUUCAUUCUAUGUAGGUGCGACCAGCCAAGUCAAUGAAACUACCAAUGAACCAAAAGCUCCAAGACCUACAACUCCAGGUACCAAUUAAUUCACUUAGUUUAUGAAUUUUUUUUCCUUUGGCUAUUUAGCUGCAUCUAGCCAUUGAUUUUGUGAAUGUACAGUGUAUUGUGAACAUUGUAUAAUUAAUUUCAAAAUGGCUGCCUCGUGUUUUGUCAGUGGGAAAGUGCAUCACUCAACCAUUUUGUUAUCACGUAACAGUAGUCAUUGACUCAGUCAGUUAGGCACUGAGACUGUCUUUCAGUCAAUCAGAGCAUGUAUGAAGUGUUGUAACUGUUUUACUCCCAAUAUCACAUUUAGUAAUUCUCUUUACUCUGCCAUAUAAUUCUCAUGAUGUUAGUUUGGAGAAUUUGGAGUGGGAUUAACUAAUAAUCCCCUAAUUGAUAUUUUUCCUUAUUCCAAACACUGUGUGCUUGAUACUGUAUUGAUAUGGAAAGGGGUGAAAAGGUUAAGUUUAUAUUAAUAGCUUGUUUAAUUAGGGACAUAGCAGCAGCAUGCAUGGCACUGAUAGUAGGGGAUAGGUUGUCUCUUCUUAAAUAAAUGUUAUUUUACAGCUAGCAUUUCAUUUAAUGUAGGUGUGGCCAGCCUAGUCAAUGCAACUACAAAUGAACCAAAAGCUCUAAGAACUACAACUCCAGGUACCAACUAAUUCACUUAGUAUAUGAAUAUUUUUCUUUGGCUGUUUAGCUGCAGCCAACCAUUGAUUUUGUGAAUGUACAAUGUAUUGAAAACAUCACAUAAUUAUGCAAUACCACACAAAAACACCUCAAAUGUCAACAUUUGGAUGGCAAUCCCAUGAAGGUGUAACUAACUUGUUAUUUCAUGUCAUUUCUUUCUUUUAGGAACAGGCAGCAAAACUGGGGCUGUCAUUGGUGGUACCUUUGGGACUUUAUUUUUAAUGGUCCUGAUUGUAGGAAUUGCAAUUUGGUUCUGCAAAAGAUGCAAUUAAUUAAUUAAUUAAUUAAGUAAUUUUACAGCAUCGCAACAAAUGUAAGUUUUGUAUUGGGUAGUUUUCAUCAGCAUUUUUGUUGUAGUUUUCCCAAGCAUAUUUCGUUUUAAGUGUAUUUAGCUUAAUUUACAUUGUAAUAAGUCUUCGCUUUCUAUUUUAUUUACAGUUUUAACAGAUUCGAUUAAUACCAACUUGUGUCAGCAAUUGUUGAGACUAAAUAUUGUAAAUUUGUGGGGAAAACUGUCUAAUUGAUUUGCUGAGAGUUAGUAAACCAUUAUAGCCACACUGGUAUCCCAUCCAGGGGGAGUUGUAAUUGCGAUAUGUUCUAACUGCAUGGAUCACCAUGCUUGACUACAGACUACUACCUUUUCUAUGUAAUCUUACAUGACUCAACCCCCAUCAACUUGUUAACAGGGUUGAAUCUGACUGCGAAGGCUGGGUAUCAGUCAAAUGCCUGUAAGCUGAACACAUGACUUUGCCAGAGUUUAUGGAUGAGUUGUUUCAGCAAGUGCAUUUUUCGAGAAGUUUUUUACUGUAGACACCUUUUCCUGGGUGUUUUUAUAUUAUUUCAGAUGGCUGUUUGCCCAGUAGAAACUAUUUAACCUUUAACUCCCAAGAUCUGAUUGUUAAUUCUCUCCUCUUGCUACUACACAUUUCCAUGUGAGUUAGGUACAAGAACUUGGUGUUAGAUAGAGAUAACAACUUCUACCUGAUUAGUUUGAAUAUUCUCAUGACCUGUUGGCUGGAUAAUGUUUAGAUAUUAUAGGGAGAAGUCACUUGUUAAUCACUUUUGGGAAUUAAAGGGUUAAAAAAUGUUCUAGGAAAUAUGCAUCAGCUCAAGGGGG